CCGGCAGAGCUUUCCCAGGCCGCAAACGAGGUCUACUUCCUCCAUGUACUGGCGACAGAUCCCUCCAAGGUCGUACCACCGGGGAAGUCCAUCCUAUCCAUGCUGCUUAGCAGGUCCUCGAGUCAACAGGCGAAAGCUGCACCAGAAGCCAAGAACGGGAUGGCAGAUCUUCAAGCUCGAGUAGAGAAGAUGGUGCAUAAGGCGUUCUGGGAUGAAGCACUCGAAGCCCUCAAUUCGCAAGAUCCAUCUAUCCAGAUUCACCGAUUACAUAGGCUACAUGCAGAUAUCUACGAGGCGAUCAAAGGCUUACUUCCGCCUGGUCACCGCGUCCUCUCGGUCCUCUCAGCGCCAUAUCCACCACCAAGUGUAUCACCUCUGCAUACCACCAUCGCUUUACUCCGCGACACGCUUUCGGCUCUGAAGGAACGCUGCGCCCCGAUACGCGAUGAGAAGAUAGACCAGAUAGUCUCCGAGCUUGACCGCGCGCCACCCUACUCCUCGGAGGACUCCCUGCACCCAGAGCAGAGAGCAGAGCACCAGGCCAUCGCCUCCCGCGUCAUUAUUGACAGCAUCCAAGCUCUCAUCUCCCUCGCACAGGAAAUGAAGUCCGACCUCACGCAGACCGUCCUCGGCGUCAUGACAGAGCAACAAAUACGCACCAUCGUCACCGAGCAAGCCCGCAUCCGCGAGCGGGAGCUUAUCCUCACCCUCAUGUCCAAAGACACGGUGAAGGAGGCAUGGAUUGCGUGGAUCAACGAGGUCAAGGCCCACGCGAACACCCUAGAGCUGCCCGUCUGGAUCGCACGUCUACUCGACGCGUUGGGCGCCAACAUUCCUGUGGCGGCGAACAUAAUUCAAUACAUCUCCCAGCCGUCGGACAGCGCCGAAUCGCGUCCACCGCCACCGCCCAACAAUCUUCCACCGCCCUUGUUCUUCUGCGCGCCCGACCUGUUCCGCUUGCAGAAUCACCUGCAGGCUCUCGUUAUCGUCGCCUCGCUGCGUUCACUCGUGAAUAUACCGCAGGCACCCCAUACUUCCCAUUCUCCUUCCCCGACCAGCAACGAUCUAACACAUCGCUUAUGGACACUCCUCGAGACGGAGAUCAAGCCCGAGCACGAAGCUGGCGCGUCCGCCGGCGAGACGAAGAUCGUCAACCUCGCCGAUGAGGUCCUCCGUGCGCGGAGGCAGGCUCGCGCGGAUGGGGGCGAUGCGAGCGCGCUUAGCAGUGACGAAGGAUCCAGGACAAGCGCGCCCUCACCCCUAGAAGACGAAGCAAAGGUCCGCGCCGCGGUCGAGCGCACGCUGCGCGCGGAGGACCCGGUGUUCGCGCUCCUGCAGAAACGUGUGCUCGAGUGGCUGGCGCGCGCACUCGCGGCGCCAUCGCCGCCACCGCCCGUGGCCCCCGAGAGGAUGCGUACGGGGAGGGAUGGGGUCGGGCAUGGGAGGACUAAGUCGGGAGCGGGGCACGGCAGGUCGGACUCGCUCGAAGGUAGGACGGACUCACUAGAGGACGUCCCGACCGGCCUCCCGCCCCCACCGAAGGGCUUCGAGGAUGCGGUGUUGGCGAAGGCCUUGCGGGACGCGGUGCGGAUGCUGCAGACGCAGUGCGUGCAGUGGGUCCGGGGCGUGUGGGGGGAUGUGGUGGAGGCUUAG